UUAAAACACUUCUGUAGCUAACUGGAAAAUCGGGUCAAACACAGAAGUAGAGUCUGAAUAGAGAGUUGUCAACCAGCGAGGUCAUUUCUGAUUAGAUUUUUUGAGUACACGAGUCACUGAAGACAUUAAUAUAUUUUUCUUGGUUAAACUGGGAUUUCAGGUUGUCUUUGAAGUUACGCUAUUCUUACGCGCGGCACGAAAGCGUCGGUCAAAAUGGACGUGGACCCUGUUUCCGUCGCGCUGGACGUAGGCACUGAUACUCAGGCUGCUUUUCCAGUAGUUUUAAAGAAAAUAAUGGAAAUUCCGCCACCGAAUCUUCUCGAAGGCGACGACGAAAAUGAUAAAGAGAAACUCUUUGAGGAUGUGGACUCUGAAGGGGUCAGUGGAAUGGGACCGUCAGCUGCCUUAACACCUGCCAUCUGGGAAAAGACCAUUCCCUAUGAUGGCGAGACCUUCCACCUGGAAUACAUGGAUCUGGAGGAGUUUCUCAUGGAAAAUGGCAUUCCAGUCACAGGAGAUGAGGAUCAGAAAAAGGGUCUUGAGGAAGAAAACUUACAGCUGACAACUGAAAAAUCAUCCACAACCUCUACAAGCAAGACAGCCCCAGCAAUCUCUCUUAUGCCAGUCAUGGAAUUGGAUCAGUGUGAGGAGGAAGUGGUCACAAUCACGGCAUCCAGCUCUAGCUCAACAGACGGCAAAUCAGAUGAGGACCGUGUGACGCCAGAGCCCAUUAAUCCAGACGAUAUUGAGGUAGACAUCAACUUUGAGCCGGAUCACACAGACCUUGUGCUGUCCAGUAUACCUGGAGGAGAACUGUUUGACCCUCGUAAACAUCGCUUCUCCGAGGAGGAGCUGAAGCCUCAGCCUAUGAUCAAGAAGGCAAAGAAGGUGCUUGUGCCUGAGGAACAGAAGGACGAGAAAUACUGGCAUCGGAGGAAGAAGAACAACAUUGCAGCCAAGCGUUCCAGAGAAGCCAGGCGGCUAAAAGAGAAUCAGAUCACAGUACGAGCAGCCUUUCUGGAGCGAGAGAACUCGGCUCUGAGGCAGGAAGUGGCAGAGUUGCGCAAGGACUUUGGGCGCUGCAAGAACAUUGUGGCACGCUAUGAAGCCACAUACGGACCGCUUGCAUCGACUGAAGACAUCUAAACAAUUAUUGAUUUAUUUGCAUUUUUGAAAGGCAAAAAAUUAAUAAUGGUGUGGAAUGAAGAGGAGAAAACAGGAGAUAAGUGAAUAUGUGAUUAGAACUGUACAGCUAAGUGAUGUUCUUAAAAAAUCGUUGUCAGCCACUCUUAUCAGCAGUGUAAUCUUACUUCAUUGCAACAGCAAUGAAACAGCAACAGCUUUUUUUUUUUUUGUAAUGCACCAGGGUAGAAGAGGCCUUCCCUUACCUGUUCUUGUUUUAUGACAAGUUUUAUAAUAUCCAAGUAGUUUCAGAAUGUGAAAUAAUGUGCAUUGGAAGUCACUGGUCUUUAUUCAUAAAGAAUCACUGGCAUUGACUUUCUUAUAUAUCUUCAGUUUGCAUAUCUUCGAAUUCUUUGAAAAAUUACAUCAAUUCAAAAAAUUACUUUGGCAAAUUUGGUACAGGGUACCAAGUGGUGCAUUUUGCCUGCAAAAGUAGAAAUAAAAGGCUACUUUGAAAUACGGGGAGAAUAUUUCACACUAAAACUGUAAAAAUGGAAACAAAACUGUAAAAAGGAAAAUUGUAAAUGUAUCAUGUUUUUGUGCUGCAAAAAACAUAGUAAGUGCUUGAAUUCAGCAGAAAAUAUGUGCUCUGUAUAUCUGCAAAACCCAAAAAUAUUUAGAUAGUGUCUUUCAUAAUAACGGAGUAGAUCUUCUAAAAUCAUACCUUGUUUACUUCAUCAUGGUAGUUUGUCAUUUCUGGGACUCGUGCAGGUCUGUUUAUGUACCGAAAUAACAAACUGUACAUGUGACGGAUCUUGUAUCUGCUUAGAACUUAGCAAAAGAAAUGAAGUGCUGAUAUAGGAGUUUUUCCAUAUGUAUCAUAUGAUAUAUAUUUUUUUUCAGAUAACUUCAAAUAUUUUACAAAAAUGGCUUUGCAGUGUGAACCAUAUUUUGCAAGGGUCAACCCUUGGUUGUUUUAAAACGUGCUUUAUAAAUGAAAGAAAGAACCACAUCAUUCAUAGCUCAGAGUCAGUAUGAACCCAUAAGUGUCCUCAGCAGAGCGCCUGUUUAUAAAGGGCGCUAGUGUUACAUAUCAGAAACUAAACUCAAACCUCUCGUAAGGCCAUCGGCCCCCUGCUUGCAGCUUUCCUGCAUUUCAGGCACAUUUUUGUGCAACUUGUCUCUGUCAUUUUGAAACAUAUAUCAUCAGGGAAAGAAGAUACAGGGUCAAUUCACAAGUUUCACAAACAGUUCAUAUCUUGUGCUCUCCGUUCAUUGUUAAGUGAAAGUUCAGCUGACGUCUAUUACCAGGUUUAAUUUUGUAAAACUCACAUGUGGCCACAUUUGUCCUUUUUCAUGUGUUUUGUGGAAAGGGAAUCUGAUAUGUAACAAAAUCUUGACCAAAGCUAACUUUGAUUGACAACACUGAAGAACGCUGUGUUCUGUAGCUAGCACAGAAUGACUCCACUCCAAAUCAGGUGUUUAAUCUUUGCAAAUCUGUGGUCUGUAGACACUUUUUUUUAAAAGUGCUCUAUGGUUUGUCAUUUCUCCUCGAGCUUCCUUUCUGAAAAGUGAAAUUUGAGAUGGUGAGAUGAGGGACAAGACAAUAAAAUGGAAUGGAGCUUGACUGUUCUGAAAGGAAAAGUGACUGUUCCUGACAAGAAGUGUUUCUUCUGUUGAAAGAGAAGAAAACUCGGUUGCAUAUGAGAUGCCAACUUUGUUGCAGUAAAUCUUUGUUUUGUCAGAUUUGAAUGUUUUUCAAAUUGUUACAGUUCUUUUGCGAGGAAAGAAGUCUUAUGAGCAUUUUUUGACUUGUAAAUGUUGUCGGUGUCUUGCUGUUUUGUGUUGUACAUAUUAUUAAAGAAUUUAAAAAUG